AUGUCGAGAAGAAAUGCAAGGGAGAGGAGAAGAGUUCGAGUUAUCAACGACAUGUUGAAAAUCCUUCGAGAUAAAUUACCUGAAGAGUGGACAACUAGAAAGAUGAGUAAACUCGAAAUUUUAAGGAAGUCAACUCUUUAUAUCAGUCGCCUAGUUGAGCUAGCAGAGGAGAAUUCUUUUGUAAAGGAGAUUCGUCAAAAAUAUGAAAUGAAAAAGUCCGUGUCAGAAAAACUGAGACCUGCGUCCGGAAAACAACGAAGAGAACCGAAUGGGAAAGACAACAAUCAAAGGGAGGGAAGCUUUAUUUCAAGUCGGAUACGAAAAGAAGGCAGUGUUUCAUCUGAUGAUAUGAAUGAACCUGUCGUGGAUACACAGUCCUCGGGGUUUGGAGAAAAUUUUCACGGAAAUUCAUUCGAUGAAUUUAAUACAUCCGAAGAACUAAUGCAUGUUGAUACCUUUUCUGGAAAUGGAAAACCCCAUAUGUGCACUGCCAAACCAAAAUAUCCAAAGGAGUGCCUAAAAGGACUAGGACUUCCUUUCCUAAAGGUUGUUCCACAAAAGACACCGGCCAAAGACCCUCCUAAAAGCAAUCCCAGCAAAAGACAUAGGGAGAGGCUAAAUUCAGAACUUGACCACCUUGCUAGUCUGCUGCCAUUUGAACAAUCUGUAAUAUCCAAAUUAGACAAACUUUCAAUUCUUCGUCUGGCAGUCAGUUAUCUAAGAACAAAGAGCUACUUCGCAGCAGUUUUACCCGACCGAUACAACUUGGAUAGCCAUCAUAUCAUUGGAAGAUCCCAUCUCUUUCAUGAACCCGGUUUUUCAGAAGGAGACAGUAUUUUACAGGCGUUAUAUGGCUUCAUGGUUGUGAUAACAUGUGAUGGAGAGGUUUUCUAUGCCUCCAGGACCGUAGAGCAGUACCUGGGAUUCCACCAGUCGGACAUCAUCCACCAGAGUGUUAUGGAGCUUAUACAUUCAGAAGACAGGGAGGAAUUUAAACGUCAGCUUUCCUGGAACUCUGCUCUUCCCCAGGAUAAGGCCAAUAUGUCCCUCCACGAGCUCAUGAUGCCUGAAAAUUCUAGACACCUUCAUAGAUCUUUCACUGUUAGGUUUAGAUGUUUGCUGGACAACACCUCUGGAUUUAUUACAUUAGAAAUCAGUGGAUGGAUACGAAUGUUACAUGGGCAGAAUGCACGUUCGGAUGAGCCACAGCUGGCGUUAUUUGCUACGUGUUGUCCCUUUGGUCCACUCUCCCUUAUGGACAUCCCAUCACGAGAACUCACUUUUAAGUCCAAGCAUAAGAUGGAUUUUUCUCCCAUGUCAAUGGACAAUAGAGGAAAAGCCAUGUUUGGAUUUUCAGAUAGAGAAUUGGCAACUAAAUCUGGAUAUGACCUUAUUCAUCCAGAUGACCUCAAUUAUUUCUCAUCUGCUCAUCAGGAAUUGAUUAAAACUGGUAGUUCUGGUUUAAUCGCGUACCGUUGGUGUACUAAAGAAUUUAGAUGGUUAUGGCUCCAGUCAAGCUGCAAGGUUAUCUACAAAAACAGCAAACCUGAUUUCGUGAUUUGCACUCAUAGACAACUAACUGAUGAUGAAGGUGCUGAUCUUUUUCACAAGAGAGGAAACGAGUUCAAAUUGCCAUAUCCAUUGCUUGACUUAGACAUUUGCUCAGGAUUUGACUUUCCUAAUGACGAAAUUGCAUCAAAAAUGAAAAAUGUGAAAAACAAAAAGCAAAAAAAUUGUGUGCGUGAAAACUACAUACAAAGUCCGGGUCGAAAGCGAAAGUGUGCUCGUGAACCGGUGCUUAAUGGAUAUGCGGGAUACCCACAAUACAAUGGAUACGAAGGUGCAGACUUCAAACCCGACAUCUUAUACCCGUAUCCGUCACCGAUCGAACCCGACAUUUAUCGAGGUUACGCUAGUUUUCCUGGAUCUGUAUAUCCCACAGCGGACAGUUAUCGUCUGUCGGACACAGAAAAACACGCCUACACUAAUGGAUAUUACUUAGAUCCUCAUAGACAGUACCAGCAUACUCUUGCUUAUCCGGGCAAUGGUUACUCAGACUUGAUGGCUCAGCCAACAAAGUUUGGUUAUGAUGUGACAAAGUACGGAUUCAAUUCUUAUGACUUGGACAUUGCCAAAAAGGUCCAUUACGGUGAAGAUGUCGGUCGCUAUGACAACGAUUAUCGAAAAUAUGCAUACGAGUAUGGCAACGAGAGACUCCCUACAAGACUAAAUGGGUCACUAGAACCUGUAGAUUUAAGGUCGUCAGCCAUGUAUAAUGGAGUUGAUGGAAUUGUAGGGCAUAAUCCAUGUCUAUCGACGACGUCUUCUUUGUUUAAAGAAACUAAAGUGAUAUGUUCUCCGUCUGAUAUUGGAUCAAAUCAGGGAAUGAGUGCAACGAUGCCAUUACAUCACAGUUCCGUGAUUAAAAACGCUGCUAGUCCAAGGUCUCUCCAAUCCUCUAGGAACUCGGACCAUAUGGGAAGUCCCCCUGUGAAUAUAUACAACAAUAAUUCCACGCGGGUAAACGUUAUAAACAAUACAGCGUCAUGGCAUUGUACAAAGUCAAACCAGAAUGUUCACCCCAGUCCUAUUUCUACACCUAGAUCAGAUCCCGUAGAAAGUCCAAAAGUGAACUGUGUAAAUAAGAAUGACAGUGGUAUGCUUUCAACUAGUAGUCCCGUUACCGGCGCCACCCCAGCCUCAGUGAUACAUUCAGCAAUUUCUAAUCGAACACCUCCUAGAAUGUACGACAAACAGCCUAUGACCGGUGGAAUACCUGUCCCUGUUGUGAAAACAUCUCCAUGGUACCAGUACCCAUCAUCCCACACUGCAUAUGGCGACCCAAAGGACUGGUCAAUCCAAGCGGAUGAUAUGUACUCAUGUCAUCAAAAACGUGGAAUUAUUUCUGAUAAUAUGUCUCACCUUUCCAAAGUCACAAUUACAUGA